CCGAACGCCGAGAUGGCAUCACAACCACAACCACAACCACAACAACCAAAGCAAUGAUGAUACCUGACAGUGCCCUCACCGAAGCCAGCGCCGCCCCUCCCACGACCGACCAUGCCCCCCAACAAGGUCGCGCAAAGCCCACCGAAGACACACCUACACAACCCCCGGCACGCCCCAUCCCCAUUCCACCACCUUCACAACCCUCACCCCCCCCAUUUAUCUAACCCUUCUUCUCCAUCUUCGGCAUCCUCGCCCAACUAGGCCUACCAUCCCUAACCCUUUACCCCUGGGCCCCAAGACGCUGUCGUCUUCGCCCCGCUCGGCUGCGGGACGCGCUACUACGUACCUUUCCCGAUGGCGGAAUGCGUGGGUGCCUGCGUUCCCCGCUGGGGACGUUCGUGUUGGGGUUUUUUUUGGGAUUUUUUGUGGUUAUUGCCUGGUCCUUG